AUGAAGUCCAACGGAGCUGGUAGCCUACAACGUAACGCGGAUGCACAGAAGUCAAGACGCCUGAGGGCGUGUCAGUGGUGCAUUGUGGGACGGCGGCUGGCUGUGCCGUCGCCGUGUCAGUGGUGCAUUGUGGGACGGCGGGCGUACCUCGGCGAGCUCCGUCUUGUCGUGGCGGUGACGGUGGCGGUAGACGCACUGAGCCAGCACGGCGUAGAGCUUCUCCAGCUCCUCCACCUCGGAGGACUCCCUUCGGGUCUGUUGGAGGAGGGGGGCCAGAACGCAGACGGCAGACCCGGGUCCGAGGACCUGGACCUGAACCCGGCGGAGGGCGGCUACGAGUGUAAGUACUGCAGCUUCCAGACGUCGGAGCUGAACCUGUUCACCGUGCACGUGGACGCCGUGCACCCCGACGUCGUCACCAACACAUCCUACGUCUGCAUGGAGUGUGACUACCACACCAAGAGCUACGACACGCUGCUGUCCCACAACGCCCGCCUCCACCCGGGCGAGGACAGCUUCACGCGGACGAUGGUGAGACACAACAACGAGACGGUCGUCCAGCAGACCGUCAACGACCUCACCUUCGACGGAAGCUUCGUCAAGAUGGAGGCCGACGAGGCGGAGGACACGUCCCGCAGGAGCAUCGCCCUCAGCAAGACCCCCAUCAUGAGGACCAGGACCCGGCCCGAGCCCAAGAGGUUCACCGCCGCGCACAAGAUGGCCGCCAGCGACAUCAUCAAAGUGGAGAGCGACGAGGACGACGACGAGGAGGAGAACGCGGCGCCGCCCGCCCUGUCUCCAGCCCCGACGGCGCCCGCCCCCCCGCGCCUCGUCCCCGUGUCGGCGCCGGUGCAGGUGCACGCCGUCCCGCAGAGCAUCGUGGUCAACAGCUCCAACGUGCUGCAGUUUAAAGGCGGAGGCGGAGGCGGAGGCGGCGGUGGCGGCGUGCUGCCUCCCGGGACGCUGGCCCAGGUUCUCUCGGCGCUGCAGAACCAGCAGAACUGCUCGCAGACGCAGCUGCUCAUCCCCAUCAGCAGCAUCCCCACCUACAACACCGCCAUGGACAACAACGUGCUGCUCGUCAGCGCCUACAACAGGUUUCCGUAUCCCUCGGUGUCGGAGAUCGUGGGCCUCGCCUCGCAGACCAAGUUCAGCGAGGAGCAGAUCAAGGUGUGGUUCUCCGCCCAGAGGCUGAAACACGGAGUCAGCUGGACGCCCGAGGAGGUGGAGGAGGCGAGGAGGAAGAAGUUCAACGGCACGGUGCAGACCGUCCCCCAGACCAUCACCGUCAUCCCGGCCAACCUCGCCGCCGCCGCCGCCAACGGCCUGCAGUCCAUCUUCCAGACCUGCCAGAUCGUGGGCCAGCCGGGCCUCGUCCUCACGCAGGUCGGCGGUAGCAACAGCGCCGUGCCGGUCGCCUCGCCCAUCACGCUCACGGUCGCGGGCGUCCCCGGCAACCAGCCCAAAGCCACCGAGCCGUCCACGUCGGAAUCGAAGACGGAGAUGUCGGCCGGCGCGGCGCUCGGCACGGACUCGUCGGCCGCCAAGCCGAAGAAGUCCAAGGAGCAGCUGGCGGAGCUGAAGGCGAGCUACGGCCGCCGGCAGUUCGCCACGGAGGCGGAGAUCUCGCGGUUGAUGCAGGUCACCAAACUCUCCAAACGGGCGAUAAAGAAGUGGUUCAGCGACACGCGCUACAACCAGAGGAACUCCAAGGAUCACCACGUCCUGCUGGGCGAGACGCCGCCCGCCAAGGCGCCGGUGCCGGGCGGAGCGCGGGGCGGAGCGCGGGGCGGACGCACCGGCGGCGCCGGCCUCGACAACGGCGGCAACAACGACAGCGCCGGCGCCACCAUCGUCAUCGACUCCAGCGACGACGCCAGCGACGGCUCCCCGACGUCCUCCGGCGCCCCGACGGGCGCCGCCAGCGACCCGCGGGUCAAAUUCCGGCACGCCUUCCCCGACUUCACGCCGCAGAAGUUCAAGGAGAAGACGCCGGAGCAGCUGCUCGUCCUGGAGGCCAGCUUCCAGAAAUCGGACACGCCGGCGGACGAGGAGCUGAGCCGGCUACGCGCCAAGACCAAGCUGACGCGGCGGGAGGUGGACGCCUGGUUCACCGAGAGGAGGAAGAUGCACACGGCGGCGCAGUCCGACGAAGGCGAGGACGAGGGGGACGGGGACAAGACGAAAGCGAAGGCGUCCGCGGCUCUGGAGCGUCAGAGCACGCCGCCCUCCGGCAGGAAGGCCGUGAAGAAGACGCCCGAGCAGCUCCACAUCCUGAAGAAGGCCUUCGUCCGCACGCAGUGGCCGACUGCCGAGGAGUACGACCAGAUGUCGGAGGACAGCGGCCUGCCGAGGACGUACAUCGUCAACUGGUUUGGAGACACGCGCUACGCCUGCAAGAACAGCAACCUCAAGUGGUACUACCUCUACCAGAGUGGGAAGUUAUAA